GCUCUGCCUUCUGAUGACUGUCCCCCUUCAUAGGGAGUGGUAGCUUUGCAGAGGAUCCCAUGGCCCUGAUCCUCCCAACAGCUCAGACCCAGAAGGGAUCAGUGACAUUCCGAGAUGUGGCCGUGGACAUCACCCAGGAAGAAUGGAGAUACCUUGACCCUUCACAGAAGCAGUUGUACCGGGAUGUGAUGUUGGAGAAUUAUAGGACCCUGACUUGCCUGGGACUUGUGUUUUCCAAGCCCUAUGUGAUCUGCCAGUUGGAGCGAGGGGGAGCACCUUGGAUGCCAGAGGAAGCAGCCCCGAGAAGCAGCCAUGCAGAGUGGGAGAUUCCAAAUGAAUCCAAAGAAGCAUUUCAAGAACAGCUGGGCAUUUCAGUGGAAGAGCUACAACGGGAAAAGAUUGGAAGAGACAGUCUUUGUUUUUCCAAUUUGGGCAAAGCCUUGGAAUGUGAUUUCAGAGUAGAGAGGCUGCAGAGCCAAGAGGAGCAGCACUCUUGGCCAGUGACAUUCAUACAAACGAAGCCUCCAAAUCAAUCGAGAGGCCUUGAAUAUACUGACUGUGGAAAGAGUGUCCUUCAAGGACCAAUUCUUUUCCCACAGCAAAGAGAUGAAAGGAGUUUCAAUGUGUGUGAAUCUCAUAGAAAGUGCUUCAGACCAUAUACAAAUGUGAGAAAAUGUGGUAGAUUGUGCUCAAAGAAAAUUCUUCACAAAUGUAAUGAACAUGGGAAAUCCUAUUGGCACGAUUCAACCCAUUUUGGAAAUUGUAGAAUAUGUACCAGAGAGACUUGUGAAUGUAAUGAAUGUGGGAAUACCUUUGAGCAGAAUACAGUACUGGAUGAACAAUGGACAGUUAAUAUCAGAGAGAAUCCUCAUAAAUGUAAUGUAUGCAGGAAGGUCUUUUUCCUGACAACUCAGCAUCAGAGAAUUCAUCUGAGAGAGAAGUCUUAUAAAUGUGAUAAAUGUGGGAUAAUCUUCUCUUCGAAGAAAGAACUUACUCUUCAUCAGAGAAUUCAUACUAGGGAGAAAUCUUUUAAACAUAGUGACUAUGGAAGUACCCUCAGCCUAAGGACACACAUUCCUCGACAUCAGAGAAUUCAUACAGGAGAAAAAUGUUAUGAGUGUAAUGGAUGUGGGAAGGCCUUCCGACUAAAAGCACAGCUUAAUCAACAUCAGACCAUUCAUACUGGUGAGAAACCGUAUCAGUGUAGUGAAUGCAGGAAGGCCUUCCGUCUCAAGGGGCAGCUUAAGCAACACCAGACAAUUCAUACUGGUGAGAAGCCUUAUAAAUGUAAUGAAUGUGGCAAGUCCUUUCGUAGGAGCUCACACCUUACUGGACAUCAGAGAAUUCAUACUGGAGAGAAACCUUAUGAAUGUAAAGAAUGUGGGAGGGCCUUCUGCCUCAAUACAGCUCUUACUAAACAUCAGAGAAUCCAUACUGAUGGGAAACCUUAUGAAUGUAAUGAAUGUGGCAAGGCCUUCCUCCUGAGAAAAAGUCUUGUUGAACAUCAAACAAUUCAUACUGGAGAGAAACCUUAUCAGUGUAAUGAGUGUGGGAAGGCAUUCCGCCGAAGCAAAGCACUUACUGUACAUCGGAUAAUUCAUACUGGUGAGAAACCUUUUGAAUGUACUGAUUGUGGGAAGGCUUUCCGAUUAAAAGCACAGCUUGCUCAACAUCAUAGAAUUCAUAAAGGAGAGAAACCUUAUGAAUGUACUGAAUGUGGGAAGGCCUUUCGCCUGAACUCAAUUCUUAUUGAACAUAGAAGAAUUCAUACUGGAGAGAAACCUUAUCAAUGUAGUGAUUGUGGGAAGGCCUUCCGCCUGAACUCAGCUCUUACUGAACAUCAAAGAAUUCAUACUGGUUGGAAACCUUAUGAAUGUAGAGAAUGUGGGAAGGCCUUCCGAAUCAAAGCACAGCUUAAUCAACACCAGAGAAUUCAUACUGGAGAGAAACCUCAUGGGUGUAAUGAAUGUGGCAAGUCCUUCAGUCAUACCCGAGAACUCAAAAGACAUAAAAGAAUUCAUACUGGAGAGAAACCUUAUGAGUGUGUUGAAUGUGGGAAGGCCUUCCGCCUGAGAUCACAUCUUACAAAUCAUAAUCGAAUUCAUACAGGUGAAAAGCCUUAUGAAUGUAAUGAAUGUUGUAAGGCCUUCAGUCGGAGGGCAGAACUUGAGCAGCAUCAGAGAAUCCAUACUGGUGAGAAACCUUAUGAAUGUCAGGCAUGUGGCAAGACCUUUAGUCGAAGAUCAGAUCUUAAAAGACAUCAGAGAAUUCAUGUCGGAGAGAAACAUGGUGAAUGAAACAUUUCUCCUUUCAUUUUCUGCCUAUUUGAUUACUUCUCACUCUCCUUUUGUGGAUCUUCCCAUGUCAUGGCCA